CACCGGCCGGAUGCAGCCGUCACAGCGGAUCGCAGCUGCAGCUCCUCCGUCAGACGUGACGUCGCUGCUCCCUGCUGGAGCUCCGCUUCUCGGGGAGCGAAAAACAACGAGGCCGAAUGACUUUCCGAGUCCCGGAAUGCACGGACUUUUGCACCUAAAUGCCUCUUGCGUCCGUGGAAAUGUUGUUUCGGUGCGUGGACUCGGCGUUGGUGGUUUGUGCAGCGUUGUCGCUGGCGUGUAUCAGCGUGUGCGGGGAGGACGAUGGAGUUGUGGAGAAAAACGAGCUCCUGGAGUUUUACAAAAAGGGCCUGUUUAUCUUGGAGAGUGGGCCCCUGAAGCGUUGCAUCACAGUGGACCGCUCAAACCUGGUUUUGGAGGACUGCGAACGACCGACUCGUCGUAUGCUGUGGAAGUGGGUCUCCUACCAUCGUCUUUUUAACUUGGGUACCAACACGUGUCUGGGCCUCAACAUUUCAGACACAACGCAACCUCUCAGCACAUUUGAGUGUGACACGUCCCCAGCGUUGCUGUGGUGGCGCUGCAGUGGCAAUAUGUUAUAUGGUGCCUCGCAGUGGAAAGUGGCCGUCUCUGGACGUUUAGUUGUGGUGAAGAAAAACUCCUUUCAUGAGUGGAAACGGUACAACACCCCCAUGGAGGGUCCCUGCUCGCAUCCCUAUGAAGAUAUUCACACACUGUUGGGGAACGCGCACGGCGGGCCCUGUGCCCUCCCGUUCAAGUACAACAACAAAUGGUACCAUGAGUGCACGACUGAGGGGCAAGAGGACCACCUCAAGUGGUGCUCCACCACUACUCGCUAUGAUGUGGCACAAAAAUGGGGCUUCUGUCCUGUACAGGCUUCCACUUGUGAGCAUUUCUGGGAAUCAAACCAGGAUCUGCAAGCUUGUUACCAGUUCAACUUGUACACCAUCCUCACCUGGAGCCAGGCUCUAUCCACCUGCCAGGCUCAAGGGGGCAGUCUUCUCAGCAUCACCAGCCUGGCCGAGCACAGGUACAUCAGAGAUCGACUUGAGACCGUUGGAGCAAUGGUUUGGAUCGGACUGAACCACCUGAAGGAAGGAUGGGGUUGGCAGUGGUCGAAUGGUGCUCCGUUAGCAUUAGUCAACUUCACGUCUGCUCUGCCUGCCAGCCCUCUGAAGGACAACAGACAGUGUGGAGUGUACGGUCAUAGUGGUCACUGGCAGAGUCUGUCCUGUGAGUCCGGACUUCCUUACAUCUGUAAAAAGACCCACAAUGACAGCAGACGAAUCGAACCAUUAGCAAACUGGCAGUAUAUCCACACCGAGUGUGAUAAUGACUGGGUGCCCCAUAGUGGAUUGUGCUACCGCCUUCUGUCAGAGGAAGAAGCAGGAAGCUGGGAGGAGUCCCGGGAAGUGUGUGGUUCUCAUGGGGCAAACCUCACCAGCCUCCAUUCGCUCGCUCAGGUGGAGAUGCUUCUCCACCUUGUUUCUAACAUGUCAGCCGAGAACUCAUUUGUGUGGAUUGGACUUCAGAAGCAGCCUUCGUCUGUCGCAGUGGAGUGGUCCGAUGGGUCGCCAGUAGCUGUCACUCUGUGGCACCAGUAUCACCCACCAAACAACUUGACUGGUGCAAAGCUUUGCACAAAGAUGCACAAAACAGAGGGCACUUGGCUGUUGACCUUGUGUGAUGAGCGACUUCCAGCUGUGUGCAGAAGAGAAGGUCGGACGUCCGUGCAUCAUCAGGGAACCUGGGAUGAAGGUUGUCCUGAGGGCUGGCGGCGACACGGCCACUCUUGCUAUCUUGUUACAAACCAUGAACACACAUUUGAGGAUGCGCUGAUGGGAUAUUACUGCAAAGCCCCGCUUCUAGUGGUGGAAAACAGGUUUGAGCAGGCGUUUGUUAACAGUUUGCUGAACGAAAAUGGAGCCAACAGUAAUAUGUCUUACUGGAUCGGCCUCAUGGACGCGGAGAAGGAAGAUUACCGCUGGAUGUGUCACAAUGGCUCCACUGUCCCGCUCACAUUCACCAACUGGAACAAACAUCAGCCUGUCAGCACUGGUGGCUGUGUUGCCAUGUCAGGAGGCCCUGCUCUUGGCUACUGGGAAGUCAAAGACUGCAAGUCCCACAAGGCAUUUUCAGUUUGCAAGCAAAACAUCAGCAGCUACCAAGAGGUCCUGCAGCCGGAGCAUCACAUUGACGCCUAUGCCCCCUGUCCUCCAGGAUGGGAAUCACAUGCUGGACUUCUCCACUGUUUUAAGGUUUUCCAUGAUGAGAAAGUCCUCAUGAAGAGAUCCUGGGUUGAAGCGGAUUUCUUUUGCCAGGCCCUUGGUGCUCAGCUGGCCAGCUUCCACCACUAUGAGGAGCAGGUGUUUGUCAAGCAGCUCCUCAGUACCAUGUUUAAAGGAACAGAGGGUCGAUGGUUUUGGGUCGGAUUAAAUAAGAGAGACCCUGAAAAUCUUGGAGCCUGGGCAUGGUCGGAUGGAUCACCCGUGGUGACGACCUUCAUCGAGGAUAAGAAUGACGAGGAUGACAGACGGGACUGUGCUGUCUACAGCGACUUGAAGAACCGCUUCAUGCCACAACCCUGUGACUCCAACCAUGAGUGGAUCUGUAAGGUGUCGAGAGGGGAUACACUGAAAAAGCCCUAUUGGUACACAGAGCAGAGUGAGCCGUGGGUGUUCUUCCGUGGUGCUGAGUACCUGUUGGCCAAGCAACCCUUCGACUGGGACACUGUGUCUCUAGCCUGUCAGAUGAUGGGAUCGCACUUGUUGUCCAUUCACUCCCGAGAUGAGCUUCACUUCAUCAAAGAACGUCUGCGCAAGCUAUCUCUCCUUCCGUCAAAUUGGUGGAUCGGCCUGUCAGUUCUCCAACAGGGAGAGGAGGUCAGGUGGAGUGACAAGACGGAGGUCGAGUUUCAAAACUGGGCUGAUGUAAGUGUUCCCAAUCAAGCCAGACAAAACGGAAUGUGUGUGACCAUGUCUUCCUCAUCAGGAAAGUGGUCGACUAGUAAAUGCGGUGACCAUCACAAUUACAUCUGCAAGAGGAAGACCGUCUCUUUGGUGGAGAUUCCCAGAGAGCCGCACUACAUCGGAGGCUGUCCAGAGAAAUGGCUCUACUUUGGCCACAAGUGUCUCCUGCUUCAUCUGCCCGGCAGUCCGAAAGAGGGGAAGAGUUGGAGAGAUGCCCAGUCCAUCUGUUCUUCAUUCGGCGGCACACUGGUCACAAUAGAAAAUGAGAUUGAACAAGCUUACGUCACAAUGCUGCUUCAGGGCAGCUCUGUGGGCGUGUGGAUCGGGCUCCGGGACGAAGACACCAUGAAGUGGACCAACAAAAAACAAGUCAUCUAUAGUAACUGGUCUCCAAUAGAGCCGAAGAGUUACCUCACUGAAGACGAGUGGCUCAGCGGAUUCUCAGAUGAGCCUCUCUGCACUGUUCUGUCAAACAAUCACAACUUCCACCUGACAGGAAAGUGGUAUGAUGAGAAGUGCAGCGAGGACAUGUACGGCUUUGUCUGUCAAAAACCUCAAGAUACCUCUAAACCUCCGAGCCACUCCUACCGUCAGCCCAACACUGACAGAAUUGAAUACGGGAGUCGCAACUACAAGGUCAUCUCUGGCAACAUGAGCUGGUACGAUGCCAUGCAUCUGUGUUUAGAGAAUGACUCUGGCCUGGUCAGCAUUACAGACGCCUACCAUCAGGCUUUUCUCACUGUCCUGGUCAACAGAUUGGCUCUUCCCCACUGGAUUGGACUCUAUAGUCCAGAUAGUGGUGUCAAUUAUCACUGGUCAGACGGCAGUGACACUGUGUACACUCACUGGGAUGCUGCUGAUGAUGAGGACGACUUCGUGCUGGGCGAGUGUGUGUACAUGGAUGUCAACGGAGGGUGGCGGCGAGCUGACUGUGAAACUUGGCUUCCUGGAGCUUUGUGUCACGUUCCUCCUCCAAGGAAUAAACCGUAUCUGUCAUUUGAGGUGGUCUGUCCUUCUACAUGGGUGAAGUUUGGACAGGGCUGUUACAGUUUUGAGCCUGUGGUGCAGAGACUUUCUUUUGAAGAGGCCAGAGAGCACUGCAGACAGAGAGUCAACACCUCUGAUGUGCUGUCUAUUGAGAGUGAGACUGAGAACCGCUUUAUUCUGGAGCAGCUGUGGUCUUCCGGCUUCCUUCACCAGAGCAUGUGGUUGGGGAUGUACUUCAAUAUUGACACUGACUCUAUGGCCUGGGUGGAUGGGUCCCCAAUAGACUACACCAACUGGCCACACAAAGCACCAGACUAUAAACUGCUCACUGCUGACACCUGUGUGACCACCAGGGUGAUGGAUGGAGUCUGGCACUUGUCACGAUGUGAUGAGCAGCUUGGAUUUGUCUGCAAAACUGUCUCAGAUGUGGCCGGUGAGGUGGAAGUGGAGCCUUUAAACGGUUUACAUCACAGUGUGAUCGCCACAGCUGUCGUGGUCGCUGUACUGGUCUUUGCUCUGCUGGCAGGAGCUUUGUGGUUUAUGUACAGGCGGACUGCAGCUCGUUUCCACGGGCUGACGACACUCGGCAGCGCGUACUACAGACAAACCAGCUCAGGGGCAUCGGAGUCAGACGGGAACGUUCUGAUUGCAGACCUGGAAGCUCACUCAGGAGAUUAGUGGUGUAAAGUCUGGGGAAGAAUCUGCUGUUCUGACAUUUCACGACUUAUUUUUGAAAUAGAAGAAGACACUGUGAAGCUUUGACUCCUCAGGACGGUGUUGAAAUAACUCAUGAAUUCAUGUGACUCUGAAGGAUCCCAAUUCGUUUCUUUCAAAAUACUCUUAAUGGCGGGGCAAACAUGAACCCUAUUAUUUUUGAUAAGAUAAGAAAGUUUUUGUCUCUGUUUCUUUGCUGUACUUGUAAAGGAUUCUUACUUACUUUCAAAAUAAGAACCCACUAAUGACGGGAGGUGAAUCUUCAGUCAGUUAAUUUAGGUUUUAAGAAAAUAAAAAAGUAAUUGGUCUGGUUUCUCCUCUAUACAGUUAAUUAGAUGCAUAUUUCGGCUGAAACAAUUUGGUACUGAUAAGAUGACAAAUAUGAAUGUGUUUGUGAUGGUGUAACAUGUCUGAGCAUGCACAGAUGUUUUGUCAGUAUUACAUUUUAUAUUUGUAUUUAUGAAAACAAAUCCAUUUACUAGCAAGCUUUAUUUAGCAGCUGGUAAUUGAAUUUGGAUUUUGCUUUGCAAGGCAGAUUUUUAAAGAUGUAUUUUGCACAGUUGGUUUCUGAAUAAAUUCAGGGUACUCCAGAACUCUGUGUAUUAACAAAUGACUUAUAUAGUAAACAAAC